AUGGCAGUUGUGGCAGUCAAGAAGAAGGUUGGCAGUGAUGGCAGUCGUGGCAGUCAAGAAGAAGGUUGGCAGUCGUGGCAGUGGUGGCAGCUGUGGCAGUCAAGAAGAAGCGCCGUCAACAGCCCCAUCAACAGCCCCGUCAACAGCCCCGUCAACAGCGCCGUCAACAGCGCUCAACAGNCAGUCAAGAAGAAGAUUGUGGCCGUCAACAACCCUGUCAACAGCGCCGUCAACAGCCCCGUCAACAGCGAUGUCAACAGCCCUGUCAACAGCCUCGUCAACAGCCCCGUCAACAGCCCCGUCAACAGCCCCGUCAACAGCCCCGUCAACAGCGCCGUCAACAGCCCCGUCAACAGCCACGUCAACAGCGCUGUCAACAACCCCGUCAACAGCCCUGUCAACAGCCCUGUCAACAGCCCCGUCAACAGCACCGUUAUGGCCGAGUGUGAGCUUAAGGGAUCCACGGAUUUGCCAACCAAAAUUUUUAGCGUGGAAAAUGAGCCUCGCUGCGAGGACUUAAUCCCCGUCAACAGCCCCGUCAACAGCCCCGUCAACAGCCCCGUCAACAGCCCCGUCAACAGCGCCGUCAACAGCCCCGUUAACAGCCCCGUCAACAGCAUCGUUGUGCGCGUGUUGACAUAA